AUGGAGACCACUGCGAGCUUGGCAGCGCGCCCGCUUCCCUUACUUGGAACAGUUGAGCCCCGUGCAGGUGGCCGAUUCAGUAGCCUCGAUGCACUUUCUGCUCGGCGGAUUACCAUUGCCACUCGCACGAGUCUGCCGGGUAGGCCGUGGCACGGCAGCUGCAGAGUGCGCGCCGAAGUCCCUGCUGACGCCAGCGGCGGGAGCAGCGGCUCUGUUGCGGAGAGUAGCCAGUCGGUGAGGUCCUCGGGCAAUGAGCGCUCGGCUUUGGCGGAGCGCAACGAGCGACUGAUGCGCAUGCAGAAGGAGCUGCUGGAUCAGCUGGAGGAGCGGCGUAAGCUACACGCCGCGUUAUUGCAGUCGCUGGACACGCCAGCUGCCACCAUAAAGGCGUUCAACGAGUCGGAUCGCGGGGGUCUCCCACCCGUGUCUCGCCAGGACCUUCAGCCCGCAUCACCAGCUCGCCUCGCCCGUCCCCCUCCUGCGUCGCCCCCGUCGCUUCCGCCAAGGGCUGCGCCUGCACCCGUCGCCCCCACUGCUACUGCUACUGCCCGCGCACCCCCUGCUUCGCCUAAACCCGCAUCCGUUGCUUCGCCAACCCCCGCAGCAGUAGCCAGCAGCAAAGCGCCGUCGCUCUCGGUCAAGGCGCCCUCCUCAUCGACCCCGUUGCGCCCGCCCGUCGCCCGCACGUCCCCCGCUGCCAAGCCCGCGACGUCUCCCGUCGCGAUUCCUUCCAGAAUGCCACCUCCCGUCUCUCCUCCCGCCUCUACCCCCCCUCCUCCCGCUGCCCGGCCUUCGCCUUCUCCUGUCGCUGCCGGCCCCCCUGCCGCAACCAAACCGCGCGCCACCCCUGCUGCUCCACCAUCCUCGCCGGCCACACGGCCUCCACCUCGCUCCCCUGCCCCCACCCCGAAUCAACCCGCAGCACCUUCAGCACCUUCCCUUCCACCUUUCGUCAGUGCUGUUACAGCUGCACGAGCGGCGCCCAAGGUUGCUGCACCUGCCGCCCCCCUCGCCGUUCCUAAGCCAAGACCGUCCGCUCCUCCCAUCGCCCCGCCUCGCGCCGCGCCGCCUCCUCCAAAGCCUGUAGCGCCGCCCGCGCCAGCGGCGGUUGCGCCUUCGGCACCCCCGGCAGAGGUGAAGGCGGAACCGCUGGCGGGACCGAAUGUGAUGAACGUGGUGAUGGUGGCGAGCGAGUGCGCGCCCUGGUCCAAGACCGGCGGCCUCGGGGACGUCGUCGGCGCGCUGCCCAAGGCCCUGGCGCGCAGAGGCCACCGCGUCAUGGUGGUGGUGCCUCGCUACGGCAACUACGAGGGGCUGGAGAGCACAAACGUUCGCAAGAGAUUCAACGUCGCAGGCCAGGACAUGGAGGUGCUGUACCAGCACAAGUACGUGGACGGCGUUGACUUCGUCUUCAUCGACCACAACUGGUUCCACCACCUCAACCAAAACAUCUAUGGCGGCUCGCGCGAGGUACCGUGUUACCACCCGCCCCGCACGCCCCCAUUGCUUGUGUUGCGGCACGCAUUCCUUGCUGCUCCGGACGGCACACCACGCGUGUGUGCGCGGCCCUUUCAACUGCUGCCGUGUGUCCUCACUGCCAUCCCCUCCUUGUGUGCGGAUCUCUGCCUUUGUGUGGGGGAAGGGGGGCUUUGCGUCCCUUGUUGCCCCAUGUCAAUGACCCCCUUCCACCUCGCUACUCUAACCUCCCUGCACGUGGGGCUCCAGGCGCCAUGGCACGUGCCAUGCGGGGGGGUGUGCUACGGGGACGGCAACCUGGUGUUUGUGGCGAACGACUGGCACACAGCACUGCUGCCGGUGUACCUGCAGGGGUACUACCGCGACCACGGCAUGAUGGAGUUCACGCGCUCCGUGCUCGUCAUCCACAACAUGGCCCACCAGGGCCGCGGGCCCGUGGCGGAGUUCCCCUGGCUGGGCCUGCCCGAGCACUACAUAGAGCGCUUCCGCCUGUACGACCCGGUGGGCGGCGAGCACAUGAACAUCUUCAUGGCCGGCAUCAUCAGCGCCCAGCGCCUCGUCGCCGUCAGCCGUGGGUACGCGUGGGAGGUGCAGACGCAGAUGGGCGGGUGGGGGCUGGAUGGCGUGCUGCGCGAGCAUGCAGGCAAGCUGCGGGGCGUGGUGAACGGCAUAGACACGGUGGAGUGGGGGCCUGAGAGCGACGUGCACCUGGUGGACGACAAUGAUGGGCGCUACGGGUACAUGCACUACAACAUCGACACUCUCGAGGAGGGCAAGGCCGCCUGCAAGGCUGCCCUGCAGCGCGAGCUGGGGCUGCCUGUGCGUGCUGACGUGCCGCUGCUGGGGUUCAUAGGGCGGCUGGACUACCAGAAGGGCGUGGACAUUAUCGCCGAGGCCAUGCCGUGGCUCACCCAGCAGGACGUGCAGCUCGUCAUGCUGGGUACUGGCCGUGAGGACCUGGAGAACGUGCUGCGGGAGAUGGAGGGCAAGCACAAGGACAAGGUGCGCGGCUGGGUGGGCUUCUCCGUCAAGAUGGCCCACCGCAUCACCGCCGGCUGUGACAUCCUGCUCAUGCCCUCGCGCUUUGAGCCCUGUGGGCUCAACCAGCUGUAUGCCAUGCGCUAUGGCACCGUGCCCGUGGUGCAUGCUGUGGGUGGGCUGAGGGACACGGUGACGGCGUUUGACCCGUUCAACGACUCGGGGCUGGGGUGGACGUUUGACCACGCGGAGGUGGGUGGGCUGGUGCACGCGCUGGGCAACGCCAUCUACACGUACCGCGACUACCGUGACUCGUGGCGGCGCCUGCAGCGCAGAGGCAUGGCGCAGGACCUGAGCUGGGACGCUGCUGCGGUGCAGUACGAGGAAAUCCUCGUGGAGGCCAAGUACACGUGGUAG